GCUAGAGCGUUGCAAUUGUCGUCAUCACGUCCUGUCAACCCUAUGCCUGUCUUGGAUGGUAAAAGAGAUUAGUCCUUCUGAUUAAACGGGAUUUAUGCCAAUUUGUGAAAUAUAGUCUUCAUAUUUGAUAAGCAAAUAGUUAGUACUUGACAUUGCAGCACUUGAAGAGCUUGAAGCCAUCAAAGGAAAUGACAGAAACGUAUGAUUUCCUUUUUAAAUUCUUGGUGAUUGGAAGUGCAGGAUCAGGGAAAUCCUGUGUUCUCCAUCAAUUUAUAGAAAACAAGUUCAAGCAGGACUCCAGCCACACCAUUGGGGUGGAGUUUGGCUCCCGGGUGGUGAUGGUCGCCGGUAAGACGGUCAAGUUGCAGAUUUGGGACACAGCUGGACAGGAGCGAUUCCGGUCAGUGACUCGCAGUUAUUACAGAGGGGCAGCAGGAGCUCUCCUGGUUUAUGACAUCACCAGUCGGGAAACGUACAAUGCCCUGACCAACUGGUUGACAGACGCUCGAACGCUGGCCAGUCCAAACAUCGUCAUCAUCCUGUGUGGGAACAAGAAGGACCUGGAGGCUGACAGAGAGGUCACCUUCCUCGAGGCGGCCCGCUUCGCCCAGGAGAACGAACUGAUGUUCCUGGAGACGAGUGCCCUCACCGGAGAGAACGUGGAGGAGGCCUUCCUUAAAUGUGGUCGCACCAUCCUCAACAAGAUAGAGUCAGGUGAGUUAGACCCGGAGCGGAUGGGCUCAGGGAUCCAGUAUGGUGACACAACGGUGAGGCAGCUUCGCCAGUCGCCACAGGCUGGCUCAGCACAGGGCAGAGAUCAGUGCAACUGUUAAAGUCUAAUGCUAACCUAGCUCUAAGACACACAGAACCCAUGUCUCCAGGGCCCGAUGUACAUCUUUCGUCCAACAGUCACUGCACACUCAGGCCUUUGGAGGACUGCCCUGUUACUUUUGACCCCUGCCCUUGGACUACUGCUGGAGAGACCCUGUGUGAAACUUUGGGCUGGGUUAGCGUCUUGAUCAAGAACUGUGAGGUGAGCUGUAUCUGGGUUGUCACGGAGCUACUCUCCUCCAGGCCUUUCUCUCUGACUACUGCUCCAGUCCGCGUCGCCAGGGAAUACAAGUGACAUCAGCAGAGAGGACUGACCAGUCACAGAGCCAGGCCAAUGGACACACACAGGACGUUUGUUUUCAAUGUCUUUACUCUGAAGCAGCCACAGCAGCUCACACACCUCUCACUGUUCAAACUCUGAUGGGACUGACAUGGUGUAAGGAGAACACAACAUCAGACUUUAAUUUGUGUCCAAUCUCUAUAAAAGUUCAGCCUAUUUAUUGGUUGUGUUGAAAACUGUAAGAUAUUGUAAAUAUAUCAAAAGGAAAUAUAACAUUUAUGUGAUAUUAGUGUACAAUGUUUUAAGAGACUGAAAAAAAGCAGGGGACUUGUGGUUGUCACCGUGUACACAUACUGUAAUGUUUGAAUGUGUGUGUGAAAAUUGUUAUAACGUUAAAGCUGGACUCCUUAGCGGUGAAACGUUUGUUUGCUCUAUUACAACAACAAAGAAGUUACUUCAAACAAUGAACACUGUUUUUUUCCCUCAGACAUCAUUGCAUGGCAGAGGAGGCCGGUGGGAGGAGCUAUAAGAGGAUGGGCUCAUUGUAAUGGCUGGAAUGGAAUCAAUGGAACGGAG